AUGAUAGAGUUUCAUCAUUAUUCUGAAGUGGAACGUAAUAAUUUAUUUUUCGUAUGUUACUUCCUACAGGAAUACAUUGCUGCUGCUGUUGCUGCUGCUGCUACUAUUGUUGGACUUUUCGUACAAGUGACUAAAGCAAUACUCAACAUCGAUUCUAAAGAACACUGUAAAUACGAGGUGGAAUUCCUACUGCAGCAACAGUGGUACGAUCCUCGAUUGCGUUAUAGCAACAGAUCCAGAUACGAAUUUUUAAAUGCGAUUCAUCAUUACGAGAACAUCUGGUUACCGGAUACGUAUUUCAUAAUGCAUGGCGAUUUCAAAGAUCCCAUCAUUCCUGUUCACUUUGCCUUGCGGAUAUAUCGUAACGGCACCGUCAACUAUCUUAUGCGGCGUCAUCUUAUUCUAUCCUGCCAGGGUAGACUCAAUAUCUUCCCUUUCGACGACCCAUUGUGUUCAUUCGCAAUCGAGAGCAUAUCGUAUGAGCAGACAGCGAUUACAUAUGUGUGGAAAAAUGAUGAGGGUACCUUACGAAAAAGCCCAAGCCUGACGGCACUGAAUGCAUAUCUCAUUAAAAAUCAGACAAUCACAUGUCCGAUUAAAGUGAGCUGGCGAGCUGACGGACAGAUCGUGAUUGAGGAGGACGAGUUCGAUGAUUUUGGAGACUCUAAGUGCUCGCUGUGCCAGCGCAGAUUUGAAGAGCAAGGUAAUUACAGCUGCUUGAAGGUGGAUUUGAUCUUCACGCGAGAUCGUUCCUUCUAUUUCACUACGGUUUUCAUCCCAGGCAUUAUUCUAGUAACCAGUUCGUUCAUCACAUUUUGGCUUGAAUGGAAUGCUGUACCGGCGCGAGUGAUGAUUGGUGUAACAACAAUGCUCAACUUUUUCACCACGUCAAAUGGCUUCCGGGGAACGCUGCCUGUUGUUUCAAACUUGACUGCCAUGAACGUAUGGGACGGGGUAUGCAUGUGUUUCAUCUACGCGAGUCUUCUCGAGUUCGUCUGCGUAAAUUAUGUCGGUCGCAAACGGCCGAUGCACAACGUUGUUUAUCGUCCGGGCGAGAAUCCCGUUACCCAGCGGCUUCCAGCGGUGCUCAGCAGGAUAGGAAUUAUAUUGGCCAGCCCCUUGAAGAGGGAAGGCGGAGCUACUGGUGGUACUACUGGACCGAACGAAAUUAUUGCUUGCACUAACUGCGGACCUAAUCCCUGCACACAUACGACAACAAACGGUUGCACCGCCGAGCUAAGGAAAAAGGAUCCGCCACAUCCGAUUAGAGUGGCGAAGACGAUCGACGUGAUAGCCAGGAUUACUUUUCCAGUCGCCUAUUUCAUGUUCCUCACUUUCUUCUUCAUUCACUAUAAGGGCACUUCGUAGAAUGAUAUACAACAAUCUCCGAGAAGUCUCCUAUCACUGGGAAAAAGAAUCACUAACACAAGAAUAUGCAAAGACGCGACAUAAAAGAAAAGGAUACCAACGAUGGAUCAUCUCCAAUCAUUCUUCGUCUCCUCUCACGUGUGAUAGUUCUUGGAUGCACUCUUCUAUGAAGGAAGUAGCUGAUUACGAUCGCUUCGCGAGCAACAACCAUAUAUAUUUAUCUUCAUACUCUUUUCUCUUUCUUACAUCUGAUAGAUAAUAGAAUGUGUUACUGACGAACGCUUUGGCUAAGCAGAAAGAAUGACGCUUAGCUUAGUUAAUGAUGUGAUCAAAUGUAUAAUGUAAGAUAUAUUGUAAUAUCAUUACAGAAGAACCUCUGUAUUCUUAACAC